AUGACAGCGGCUGAAGCCAAGUUCUAUCGGGAUGGUUACGUUCAUCGAACCGUCCUCUUUGACGGCCUGCAAUCCGCAAAGGCGGAGCAUGGCGGCUCGCUGAAUUUCAGUGCCUAUCGUCAGGGACGGGAUCGACAGUACUUGGGUGUCAAUGGCAAGAACUACUACGCCAAGCCUUGGGGAAAUGACUCCUCCAAUAUUCAGGCCGUGAUCAAUGGGCCAGCAUACUGGAAGCGUGUCUACUACCGAGAGAACAUUGCAGCCCGCUUUGCCCGAGAAGAUGCUGAGGCAGCUGAACGCAAGGCCCGGGCAGAAGAAGCCGAGGCGAUGGCUACCGGUACUUCAGUGAGGCGAAGUCAAUCCGACUCCGCACUGCAAAAAGUGGCCAAUCCCGAGAUGGUGAAGGAUGCCUAUGCGCACAUCAAGGAGAAUAUGAAACCAUUUGUGGAGAAGCAAGGCAAACCACGCAUCAGGGCCAUUGGGCCUGGAGAGCGUCUCACGUUCUUCAACACCUUGCAGAACAAAUACCACAUGAAGGCCGGAGGAAAGAACCUCUCCUGGGAUGUAUCGAAGCAGACACACAGAAGCACCAAGAACGAACUUAAUUGGAUCCUCUCCAAUUACUUUCGCACUGAUAGUCAGGCGAUCUUGAAUGGGGCCGGCAGUGAUGAUGCAUAG